GAAGCAAACCUACCCAUAUUCCUCUCCCCAGUCUCACGUUUCGCUACUCACUUUCUAGUCACUCCUUGUAAUCUUUAAGAAUGGCUUCUGCUACAUCACCAACCUCACUCUCUCUUCUCCCCUCAUCCUCUUCUUCCUCUUCCACCUCUAGCAACCGCUCAUCACUCCAAGUAGCAGCAUCUCUGUCUUCUCCUCGCCUCCGGAGUCUCGGCCUCCGAACCCCACUUCGUAGGCUUGGAUUCUCUGGUACCUCUGUCGACCCUUUACUCUCUCUCCACGUUGCAGCCAAAAUUCGAGCAGUGGGAACCAAUGGGAAAGGCGUUAGAGGUGUUGUUUCGAUGGCGAAGAAGAGUGUUGGAGAUCUCACGGCUGCGGAUUUGAAGGGGAAGAAGGUCUUCGUGAGGGCUGAUUUGAAUGUACCUUUGGAUGAUAACCAGAACAUUACUGAUGAUACCAGGAUUCGGGCUGCUGUCCCUACGAUCAAGCAUUUGAUUGGAAAUGGGGCUAAAGUUAUUCUGUCCAGCCAUCUGGGGAGACCAAAGGGUGUAACCCCAAAAUUCAGCUUAAGUCCUCUUGUGCCUAGGCUGUCUGAGCUCCUUGGUAUCAAGGUUCUGAAGGCUGAUGACUGUAUUGGUCCAGAAGUUGAGAAGAUGGUGGCUGCCCUCCCUGAAGGUGGCGUUCUUCUUCUUGAGAAUGUGAGGUUCUACAAGGAGGAGGAGAAAAAUGAGCCUGAGUUCGCAAAGAAGCUUGCUUCCCUUGCGGACCUUUAUGUGAAUGAUGCAUUCGGGACUGCUCACAGAGCUCAUGCAUCAACAGAGGGAGUUACCAAAUUCUUGAAGCCUUCUGUUGCAGGCUUCCUAUUGCAGAAGGAACUUGACUAUCUUGUUGGAGCAGUUUCAAGCCCCAAGAGACCAUUUGCUGCCAUAGUUGGAGGUUCAAAGGUCUCUUCCAAGAUCGGGGUGAUCGAAUCCCUGCUGGAAAAAUGUGAUAUUCUCCUUCUUGGUGGAGGAAUGAUCUUCACUUUCUACAAGGCACAAGGCCUUCCAGUGGGGGCAUCUCUUGUGGAGGAAGACAAGCUCGACCUUGCAACCUCACUUCUUCAAAAGGCCAAGUCAAAGGGUGUUUCUCUUUUGUUACCAGCUGAUGUGGUUGUUGCUGACAAGUUUGCUCCUGAUGCAAACAGCAAGAUUGUUCCUGCCUCUGGCAUUCCAGAUGGUUGGAUGGGAUUAGAUAUUGGACCUGAGUCAAUUAAGACAUUCAGUGAAGCCUUGGACACCACGAAAACCAUGAUCUGGAAUGGACCUAUGGGAGUAUUUGAGUUUGACAAGUUUGCUGUUGGAACAGAGGCAAUAGCAAAGAAGCUAGCAGAGCUUAGUGGAAAGGGGGCAACAACAAUCAUAGGGGGUGGUGAUUCUGUUGCAGCAGUUGAGAAAGUGGGAGUUGCAAAUGUGAUGAGCCACAUCUCAACUGGUGGUGGUGCCAGCUUGGAAUUGUUGGAAGGCAAGGAGCUUCCUGGAGUUCUUGCACUUGAUGAAGCCACACCUGUUGCUGUGUGAGGCAAGUUCUAUGUGUUAAUAUUUUUCCAUUGACCUGUUUUUUGUUUUGAUUUGUACUUUGUAAACCAGUAGUGGAAUGUCAUAGGAAUAUAUAUGAGCUAAUGUUGUAGAUUGUAAGUCUUGCCUAUAAUAAAAUGUCUCUUUGAGCUUCUGUUAUUUCAA